GAGGUGAGUUUCUCACUCUCUGCAACUUCCUGUCAUUGGCAGCCGAGCUCCACAAAAAGGAAACCAGACCCACCAGAGUUCAUGUUGAGAAUCGGCAACACAGCCGUGGAGUGAUCCGCUGUUGCAUCACUGCGAUACGAUCCUGCGUUUGAGGUGAAAGAUCAGCGCUUGAAUGAAUCGGGAUUAGAAAGAUCUUUCUCCAUGUCCGCAGUGACUCCCUCCAGCCCCACCAGUCUCGCAGCGCCGGUUCUGGUCCAGUUCCAGCUCGGCCUGUUCAGGGAGGUGGUUCGAGUCCCCGCUGGCAACCUGAGUUACCGCCAUGCCAAGAGGCUGGCCGCAGAGAUCAUAGAGCGCAAGGCUCCAGACUGCAGCGUGGUGGGCGUCGGGGAGAAGAUUCUGCUGUUCAGACAUCAGCACGCCUCAGAGCUGCGCCUGCACCGCCUGACAGACGACGACGAGCUGCAAGAUGGAGACCUCAUCGACGUCAUCAUCGCAGCAUCAGCGUCAGUGACUGAGAUGAGGAUGCGUCCGCACUCCCUGGUGGUCCAGUCGUACAGGACUCCCACUUUCUGCCACCACUGUGGAGAAAUGCUGUGGGGCCUCGUUCGACAGGGAUUAAAAUGUGAUGGUUGUGGGUUGGACUUUCAUAAACGUUGUGCUUUGCAGUUGCCCAAUAACUGUAGUCGAGUACGGCGUCAGGUUAGCACCAGUUUGUCCCUGUUUCCUCCCCGAAGGCCCCAUACACACUCGCUGUCCAAUCAGGCAGGAGGCAGCCUGGAGGAGAUAAGCAUGUCAAAGCCCUCAUCCAGGCCUCCAUCCUGGACAGAGCCCCCGGUCUGGGUGGGAAUCGGGUACGGUGACAGUAGCAGGGCUCAGGUCCCUCACACCUUCCACAUCCACAGCUAUACCAAACCCACCGCCUGCCAGUACUGCCACCAGCUGCUCAAAGGACUCUUCAGACAGGGGCUACAGUGCUCAGACUGCAGGUUUAACUGCCACCGGCGCUGCGAGGUGUUGGUCCCCAGAGACUGUCCAGGAGAGAGGAGAGGCGUCAAUGGGAAAGAAUCCACAGCAGGGCGUCACAGCUACCUACCAGACCCAGAGGAGGACGAGUCAGAGCUCAGCAGUAUGACGACACUAGAUCUCUCUGACGAUGAGAUGUCCACUGACGGAGACUCUGUGACUGAGGCCAAAGAAGUCGAGCAAGCGCGAGAGCCGAUGAGUCCGUGUUUCAGCAGCUACAUCCCCCUGAUGAGGCUCGUCCAGACGGUGCAUCACACUAAGAGGAGAGCCGGUGGAGUCCUGAAAGAGGGGUGGCUGCUGCAUCACACCAACAUUGACACACUGAGGAAACGUCAUUACUGGAUCUUGGACUGGAAGAGCUUCACUCUGUACCAGAACGAGAGCAGCACCAAGUACUACAAGGAGAUCACUCUGUCCGAGGUGCUGCAGGUCCGAGGCCCUGCCCAGCUCUCCGUGCCCCCAUUGCCAGGCGACAGCGCCCACUCCUUCGAGGUGGUGACGGCCUCGCUGGUGUACUGCGUGGUGGCCGGGGAGAGCGGGCCGGCCUGGGAAAGCGCCGUCCGUCAGGCUCUGAUGCCCGUGCAGAGCAGCGGUGGACACAGCGAGGAGAACCAGGAUAAAUACUUGCAGAGAGACAGAGCGGACAUCAGCUCGGUGUAUCAGAUCCUCACAGACGAGGUGCUGGGCUCAGGGCAGUUCGGAGUGGUGUACAGAGGUACUCACAGGAAGUCGGGCCGGCCAGUCGCCAUCAAGGUCAUCGACAAGACGCGCUUCCCCUCCCAACAAGAGAGACAGCUGAGGAACGAGGUGGCCAUCCUGCAGAAUCUGUCCCACCUCGGUGUGGUCCUGGUGGAGGGGAUGUUUGAGACAGUGGAGCAUGUCUUUGUCGUCAUGGAGAAGCUUCAUGGAGACAUGCUGGAGAUGAUCCUGUCCAGUGAAAAAGGCAGACUCCCUGAACGCAACACCCGCUUCCUGGUCACGCAGAUCCUUGAGGCUCUGCGGUACCUGCACUUCAAACACAUCGCUCACUGUGACCUGAAACCUGAGAACGUCCUGCUGGCCUCUGCGGACCCCUUCCCUCAGGUGAAGCUGUGUGACUUCGGCUUCGCCCGCAUCAUCGGCGAGAAGUCUUUCCGUCGCUCAGUCGUGGGGACGCCUGCCUACCUGGCGCCCGAGGUGAUCAGCAGCAGCGGCUACAACCGCUCUCUGGACAUGUGGUCUGUGGGCGUCAUCAUGUACGUCAGCCUGAGUGGCACGUUCCCCUUCAACGAGGACGAGGACAUCAGACAGCAGAUCACCAACGCUGCUUUCAUGUAUCCACGACAAACCUGGGCUUCUAUCUCACUGGAGGCCGUGAGUCUUAUCAAUAACCUGCUGCAGGUGUCGAUCAGACGGAGGUACAGUGUGGGCAAAGCGCUGGGACACCCCUGGCUGCAGGUCAGGACUUCCAGCUGUGGUGCGACCUCAGGGAGUUCGAGCAAAGGAUGGGCUGCAGGUAUCUGACGCACCGAGGGGACGAGGACCACUGGAAACGCUACGCCCAGGAAAAAGGCCUGAGCUUCCCGUCCCACCUCUGCUUGGACCCCAACAACGACCCUGACAUGUGACCUCAGCACGGAGGCUAGAGGUCGGACGGUUUAUGGUCUGUACAACUUAUCAAACCAAAGAGAAAAAACACCCUGAAUUUGUGCUAUUGUACAUCUAUUGUAGUGGGAACAUAAGUAACUUUCUCAGUAACCCAGAGCACAAUUAUUGACACUUGUAUACUAGAGUAAAGAAAUUGCACAUUUCAAAGUUAAUAAAAAAAGACAAACAACUGCUGUUUAGUUAUAAUUUUCCUUUUUUAUUUCAAGGUGUGGUUUUUAAAUUUUAACCGUGAGUGUUUGUGGCAUCAGCGAUGAUGGACAAUGAAUGGAGGAGGAGAAGGGAGCACAGAUGAAAUUAAAAUAUCAUCAUGCACAGGGAGGAGUCGACUCGCACUCAUUAUCAUGGCCGACCUGUCAGUGGGACCAAAACCCUAUUUGCUUUGUCACUGCCAUAGGCCUGCUCUGGUCCCACGCACAGCAUCGCUUCCUCUUAUUUUGUCCACAACUUUCCUGAUGCCCUGUUGUCUCUCACUGCUCAACACCUCUCUCCGUCUGCGUCCCUCCUCCGUGAUGUGAAAAAAAUAAAUAAAUCACCUUUGUGUGUUUGGAUGUUAAAUUUAGCUGAAAUACAUCCCGAUCUAAAGGGGAUCUGGACAGAGAGGAGGGAGGUGUGUGGGAUCGUUCUCUCUGGCCGUAACAGUUUGUCUUUCUGGCUUCGUUCCGGCCAAUGGCCAUCUCUCUAUUUACCCACAGUGCUUUGCUCCGAGUUGCUCUCCCUGCCUGCUGUCUUCAUCUUAAUAUUCAGUGUUUCAGAGGUGCUCCCAUUCACCCUCCGUUUGUUCCUGAGCGUAAGGCGUUAAGAUCUCCAGGUUACAUUUUCUCUUUGCUAACAUUCAGGUUUCACAGUGCUGUGGUUAUUUAUUCUUCAACAGAGUGAGACUGGCUUUGUAAUAUCGUAGCACCUGACUGGCUUUGCUCCUCUGCUGACUGAAAUGUUAACAGGCUCUUAAGGAUGCCCUCUGUGGGUUUUUUUUUUUUGUAUGUUUAAGGAAGAGUCAGAGACUCACAAAGACAGCGUUUCUAAACUUCAACAUA